AUGCGCUUCCUUUCGUUGAUCGCCGCGGCGAUAGCGCUCGUCGCUGCAACUGCUGUCACUGCCGUUCCCAGCGAUCUCGUCCCCCUUUCUGCUUCUUCUGCUUCUUCUGCUUCGUCCGGAUCCGCUGCAUGCUCCGCCAUCGCUUUGUCGCUUCCCUCCUCCCAAUUUCUCACCCCCGCCUCGGUCUCCUACACCUCGGCUCAGAAUGGAGGCUUUAAUCCACUUAACAACAAACUCCAACCUGCCUGCAUCGUUCAACCUUCUUCCACCGCAGACGUCGCUACCAUAAUCAAGGCCGUGUUCAAGAAGCGCGCCAACUACGCUGUCCGUUCCGGUGGUCACACCGGUAUGGCUGGUUGGGACAGUGUUCAGGGAGGCGUACUCAUCGAUUUCUCCAAGAUGACUGCAUUCAGUUACAACGACAAGGCCAAAACCGUCAGCAUCGGUCCGGGGCUCCGUUGGGGUCAAGUGUACAACCUUUCGGAACCGUUUGGCGUGGCUCCCAUGGGCGGAAGGGUGUAUCACGUCGGUACCGGCUUGAUCUUGGGUGGAGGGUUGAGCUUACUUUCGCCUCAAUACGGUUACGCCUGCGAUGGGCUGGUGAGCGCCGAAAUCGUUACUCCGGAAGGCAAAGUCAAGAAGGUCGACGCCAAGUCGGACCCACAGCUGCUCCGCGCGAUCAAAGGCGGAGGUGGAAGGUUUGGUGUGGUGACCAAAUACCAGCUUCGCGCUUUCCCCACUGGUCGGAAAGCGGACAAACUGUGGUAUGGAGGUACCAUCACAAGUCUCACCCCCGACGGCAUGGAUGCUAUGGUCGUACUUACCGAAACCUUUGUUGCUACACCAGACGAUCCUAAAGCGACGCUGCUGAGCAACGUUGGCGUGCUCAAGCUGCAAGGUGUGCCCACGUGGCUGGGUAUCACCUACCUGUUUUACAAGGGAACCGAGGCCGAGUUCAACUCUGUCUUUAGGGAUUUCCUGCAGAUUCCCGGCGCCAUUGUCGAUGUCAAGCCUUUGAGCUACGUCGAAGCUGCAGCGGUGGUGCCGUUGGGAUGGCAGUCGAUGCAGGCGUACAAGUGGAUGGGAGGUUCUCUCUACCCCAACACCUCUUCCAUAACUCGCCCGCUCCCGCCCCUCGCUUCUAUACCUGUAAGCAGCCCUAAGGUACGCUCGACUUUCCUCGAGGUUUGGAACAACAUGAAACCGUUCCUCGCCAAACACGUCGAUAUCAUCAACUCGGCCUUCUACUCCCUCACCCCCGUCCGCACCCACCAGAUCGAACAGGGUUACCUCGCUGGCGGCAACGCUAUCUCUCCACCCAAGGGCAAGAAUUACGUGCACUGGCUCUUCUCCAACACGCUCGGACCUGGCACGGACAGUUUCCCGGACGACUUGGAACACGACCGUUUGCAGUUGAUCAAGGACAACCCCUCGAGCCCAGGGCUGCCGCUGUUCUUGAACGAGGUGGAUGCUACCCAGAAUGCGUUUGCCACCUACGGCUGGUACGAGCAGCUCAAGGCGCAAUACGAGAGAUUUGAUAAGUCGAGCUUCAGUCUCAAGUAUCAACAGGGCCCCACGUUUUGA